AUGUCUGGGUUCCUUGAGCAUUCAUACAGCUUGGUCCACCAGGACAAUGCUGCGGACGUUCCCUCCGUGUCCGACCUGCGGACCCAGCUCGAGAAGGGGACCGACGAUUCGAAGGUUGAGACCAUGAAGCGCAUUUUGACCAUCAUGCUCAAUGGUGACUCAAUGCCUUCUUUGCUUAUGCAUAUUAUACGCUUUGUUAUGCCCGCCAAAGAUAAGCGACUCAAGAAGCUUCUCUAUUUCUACUACGAAAUAUGUCCGAAGCUUGACGCCGGUGGAAAGCUCAAGCAGGAAAUGAUCUUGGUCUGCAAUGGCAUCAGGAACGAUCUCCAGCACCCGAACGAGUACAUUCGCGGCAACACCCUCCGCUUCCUCUGCAAGCUUCGCGAAGCUGAGCUCAUUGAGCCCCUCCUUUCUUCAGCCCGCUCAUGUCUGGAACAUCGGCAUGCUUAUGUCCGCAAGAAUGCGGUCUUCGCUAUUUCUUCGAUCUUCUCCCACUCCCCAUCUCUGAUCCCGGAUGCUUCAGAACUUAUCGCGACUUUCCUGGAGAGCGAGACGGAUGCGACCUGCAAACGCAAUGCUUUUGCUGCGUUAGCCAGCAUCGAUCACGAUGCGGCUUUGAUCUACUUGAGCUCGGUAUUCGAAGGCAUCGCCAACGCUGAAGAGCUCCUUCAACUUGUGGAGCUCGAGUUCAUCCGAAAGGACGCAAUCCAAAACUCACAAAACAAGGCUGCCGCCGCCAAGUUCAUCGAGCUGAGCAUCAAGGAGGCAGAUAACAACGUGAAACUCAUUGUUCUGGACCGCGUUGAUCAACUGCGCAAGAAAAACCCCGGUGUCUUGGACGAUCUCACGAUGGAAAUCCUGCGUGCUUUAACGAGCACCGAUCUAGACGUCCGCAAGAAGGCUCUUGAGAUUGCACUACAGAUGGUGACCAGCAAAAACGUUGAAGAAGUGGUACUUCUUCUCAAGAAAGAACUGUCAAAGACUGUGGACCAAGAAUAUGAGAAGAACGCCGAGUAUCGAUCUCUCCUCAUUCACUCUAUCCAUCAAUGUGCCAUCAAAUUCUCGGAAGUUGCGGCUAGUGUCGUAGACCUUCUGAUGGACUUCAUCGCCGACUUCACGAAUGCGUCAGCGGUUGAUGUUAUCAACUUUGUCAAGGAAGUCGUGGAGAAGUUCCCCAAUUUGCGCCCUACUAUCGUUCAGCGACUAGUAUCCACUCUCGAUGAGGUACGCGCUGGGAAGGUUUAUCGUGGCAUCAUGUGGAUCAUUGGCGAAUAUUCUCUUGAAGAGAAAGAUAUUCGAGACGCCUGGAAAAGGAUCCGGUCCAGCCUGGGCGAGAUUCCUAUUCUGGCUUCAGAGCAGCGGCUUCUUGAAGACGAUAGUUCCGAGGAGCUAGCAGACGAACAACCUAAUGGCGGGUUCAAGCCUGCUGCUCCCAGCGGAUCUCGUAAGGUCCUUGCGGACGGUACGUACGCUACAGAAACUGCCCUCACCAGCCAGUCUUCGGCGGCGGCCAAGCUUGAAGCUGUCAAAGCGGCCCAGAAGCCCCCGUUGCGCCAACUGAUCCUCGAUGGCGACUACUAUCUCGCUUCGGUUCUUUCAUCAACAUUGGUCAAGCUUGUUCUGCGACAUUCUGAGCUCUCGUCGGAUAAGGCUCGGACCAACGCUCUACGUGCCGAGGCGAUGCUCAUCAUGAUCUCUAUUCUACGCGUGGGCCAAUCACAAUUUGUCAAAGCACCCAUUGAUGAGGAUUCAGUUGACCGCAUCAUGUCUUGCGUUCGCUCUCUGGCAGAAUUCGAGAAGAAGAAGGAGCUGGAGAAUGUGUGGCUCAAGGAUACUCGCAAGGCGUUCAACGCCAUGGUGCAAGUGGAGGAGAAGAAAAGAGCGGCAAGGGAGGCGCAUGAGAAGGCCAAGACAGCUGUGCAAGUUGACGAUGUAGUAGACAUCAGGCAGCUGUCCAGGAAGAACGCCAGUGACGGCCUCGACGAGACCGAGGUUGAUCUGGAGAGGGCGACAGGCGGCGAGUCAGCCACAGAGGACCUAUCUUCCAAGCUUAGCCGGGUUGUUCAGCUUACCGGAUUCUCCGAUCCCGUAUAUGCGGAAGCCUACGUCAAGGUGCACCAAUUCGACAUUGUGCUCGAUGUCCUCUUGGUGAAUCAGACCAUGGAGACACUCCAAAACCUGUCGGUCGAGUUCGCGACUCUCGGCGACCUCAAGGUGGUUGAGCGUCCCACUACCCAAAAUCUCGGGCCGCACGAUUUCCACAACGUGCAAUGCACAAUCAAAGUAUCGUCGACUGACACUGGUGUCAUUUUUGGUAACGUCAUUUAUGAUGGUGCCCAUUCGACUGAUACCAACGUUGUCAUUUUGAAUGAUCUUCACGUCGACAUCAUGGACUACAUCCAGCCCGCUUUCUGCACAGAAACUCAGUUCCGAACUAUGUGGACGGAAUUUGAGUGGGAGAACAAGGUGAACAUCAACUCCAAGGCGAAGACCCUCCGAGAGUUCCUCGAGCAACUCAUGGCAUGUACGAACAUGGAGUGUCUGACCCCUGAGGCAAGCCUCAAGGGUGAUUGCCAAUUCUUGAGUGCCAAUCUCUAUGCGCGGAGCGUAUUCGGCGAAGAUGCACUGGCGAACCUCAGCAUUGAAAAGGAGGGCGAGGACGGCCCUAUCACUGGUUUCGUCCGGAUAAGAAGCCGGUCGCAAGGCCUGGCGCUCAGCCUAGGGUCAUUGAAAGGGCUGAAUAAGAUCGGGUCCUCUGCUUAG